AUGAAAGCGCGUUCGAAUAGAAUUAGCUCGGCUGAACAGAUUAUUCCAAUGGCAUCGAAGCAAGAACGUCAUGCAAAUACUACGAGUCAAGAACUAAAUACAUCGACUGUUCCACGCAAUAAUCAAUAUGAUAUUCGCAAUUCGGAAGAAGGCUUGGGAACAUGUGGAUGGAUCUUAGUGGUUUUAUCUUAUAUUAUGUGCGCAUUAACAUUCCCAUUUUCGCUUUGUGUGACUGUCAAAGUUGUUCAAGAGUAUGAACGAGCUGUUAUUAUGCGUCUCGGUCGAAUUCUAUCUGGUGGUGCAAAGGGUCCGGGUCUGUUUUUUGUUUUACCAUGUGUUGAUUCGAUAAUUAAAGUCGAUUUACGGACGAUUACUUUUGAUGUUCCACCUCAAGAAAUCUUAACGAGAGAUUCUGUGACAGUUUCCGUUGACGCCGUCGUCUAUUUUCGAAUAUUUAAUCCGAUUAUAAGUGUGACAAAUGUCGAAAAUUCUCGUUAUUCAACUCAAUUACUGGCUGCUACAACACUUCGUAACAUCCUAGGAACGAAAACUUUACAAGAAAUUUUAUCUGAUCGUGAAAAUAUUUCUCAUUCAAUGCAAGCUCAUCUUGAUGAAGGAACCGAUCCUUGGGGAGUCAAAGUCGAACGUGUAGAAAUCAAAGAUGUUCGUUUGCCUGUCAGCAUGCAACGCAGUAUGGCUGCUGAAGCCGAAGCUGCUCGAGAAGCUCGUGCAAAGAUUAUUGCUGCCGAAGGUGAACAAAAAGCAUCGAGAGCAUUAAAAGAAGCUGCUGAUGUCAUUCAUGAAAGUCCAAUUGCUUUACAAUUGCGUUAUCUUCAGACAUUGACACAUAUCUCAGCAGAGAAGAAUUCGACGAUUGUUUUUCCGAUUCCUGUUGAACUUUUGAAACUAAUGAAGAGCCGAGGUGAACGUGGAAGUAGUAGUACAACUGGAUUUUAA